AUGUCCCCAUCUAAGUCCGAUCGUCCCAUCAGCCCUGUCGGCCAAAUGUACAGGAACGAGUACGCGCGUGCAGUCGAUCUCUGGAAAUCUGGCAGUCACGAGGAAGCCUACAUCAUCUGUCGAGAUCUUCUUGUUGAUCCAGCUGUGGGCAAGUGGCACCAAGCCGGCUUCCAUCUUUUCCUCGGCAACUCAGAGGACUGUUACGUUGAACAUACGCAGCGCGCGCGGGAUCUUUACGAUGAGAUGCCCAAGGAAACUCUUCGAAUAGACCCGAACAAGGAUGUCGCAGGACUCACUCAAUACCUGGAGAUGGCCGAAGUAAUGCUGGCGCAGCCUCUAUUGAAACUUAUGGCUCGAUAG